AUGGCGGCAAAGACGGCGGACAAGCUUUCUAAGCUCGCGCUGAACGGCAACGCCACCAAGUCAAACCCUCAAGUGAACGGCACAAACGGUGUCAACGGUCACCUCUCAGAUCAGGAUGACUCGGACGAUGACAAGGACGACGAUCCGGCAGCGGCAACCGCCACUGGUGGUGCUGACGGGACAGCCGCAAGUGGUGCCGCUAAAAAGAAGAAGAAGAAGAAGCCAAAGAAGAAGAAGGCUGCAGCUGGCGGUGCAGGCGGUGCCAAAGUCCAAUCCGACCCACCUCGAGUCCCAGUUAGCCAACUCUUCCCAAACAAUGUCUACCCUGUGGGUGAAGAGGUUGAAUAUCUCAACGACAACGCAUACCGAACAACAAACGAAGAGAAGAGACACCUCGAUCGCAUGAACAAUGAUUUCCUGCAAGAAUAUCGUCAGGGUGCUGAGGCUCACCGUCAAGUCCGCAAAUGGUGCCACGCUCAUAUCAAGCCUGGAAUGAGUUUGACGGAGAUUGCAGAGGGUAUUGAAGAUAGCACUCGUGCUCUCACUGGUCAUUGGGGUUUGGAGGAAGGAGAUAACAUCAAAGGUGGAGUGGGGUUCCCCACUGGUCUCAGUAUCAACCACAUUGCGGCCCAUUACACACCGAAUGCUGGAAACAAAUGGAUCUUGGGCGAAAAGGACGUGCUAAAGGUCGACUAUGGCGUCCAUGUCAAUGGCCGUAUCGUGGACUCGGCCUUCACAUUGGCGUGGGACUCAAAAUACGAUAAUCUCCUCGCAGCCGUCAAGGAUGCUACAAACACCGGCAUUCGCGAGGCAGGAAUCGACGUCCGUGUCUGUGACAUUGGCGCUGCCAUCCAAGAGACCAUGGAAUCUUACGAAGUUGAACUCGACGGCAAAACAUAUCCCGUCAAAGCAAUUCGAAAUCUGAACGGGCAUGACAUCAUUCAACACAGUAUCCACGGCGGCAAGUCCGUCCCAAUUGUUAAGGGCGGAGAUCAAACCAAGAUGGAAGAAGGAGAAAUCUUCGCCAUCGAAACGUUCGGCAGCACUGGUCGUGGCUAUGUGAAUGAAGACCUUGAGUGCUCACACUACGCCAUGCGCUCUGAUGCCCCUAAUGUAGCGCUGAGAGUGCAAUCUGCUCGAUCUCUUUUGAAUGUCAUCAAGAAGAAUUUCGGAACAAUUCCAUUCUGCCGCCGAUACCUUGAUCGACUUGGUCAGGAGAAAUACUUGCUCGGAUUGAACAACUUGGUCAGCUCGGGGAUUGUGGAGGCAUACCCACCUCUGGUCGAUACCAAGGGUAGUUACACCGCACAGUUCGAGCAUACCAUACUGCUUCGUCCUACUGUCAAGGAGGUCAUUAGUAGGGGUGAUGACUAUUAG